AGGUUUGACCUAAGCCCAAUACAAUUCUUCCUAAAUAAAUUAAUAAUAAUAAUAAUAAUAACAACAACAACAAGAACUUUACACAGAGAAGUGGCAUCCUAUCCAAAAAUGGGAACCGUUAUUGACUCCCAUUUUCUAGCUCUCACUGCCAUCGUCACUGUGGGAUAUCAGUUGCUAUUCUUUAUAGUCACUGCUCUACUGAAGAUUGAUAAAGUCACUGACUUUGCUGGAAGCACUAAUUUUGUUAUACUUGCUGUGUUGACUUCGGUUGUGAAAGGGACAUGGCAUUUCAGGCAGGUGAUCUUGAGUUUACUUGUAGUAAUAUGGGGUUUUCGUCUGGGAUUGUUUCUAUUAAUGAGGAUCCUGCAGUGGGGGGAGGACAGACGCUUUGAUGAAAUGCGUGGAAAUUUGGGGAGAUUAGCAAUUUUCUGGAUACUGCAGGCUGUCUGGGUGUGGACAGUGAGUUUACCUGUAACAGUGGUUAAUGCAAGUGACAGAAAUCCAUCCCUUGAGGCUCUAGAUAUAAUUGGAUGGAUUAUGUGGUCUAUGGGGUUUUUGUUUGAAGCUACAGCUGAUCAGCAAAAACUGGCAUUCAAGAACUCUCCAGAAAAUAGAGGGAAAUGGUGCAAUGUUGGACUAUGGAAGUACACUCGUCAUCCAAACUAUUUUGGCGAGAUUUUUCUCUGGUGGGGAAUUUUUGUGGCUUCUGCCCCUGUGCUGGAAGGUGCUGAGUGGCUUGUGAUCCUUGGGCCAGUCUUUCUGACAUUAUUGCUUCUUUUCUUAAGUGGCAUACCAUUGCUUGAGAAAUCUGCUGAUAAGAAAUUUGGCAAUGUGGCUGCAUACAGGGCGUAUAAGAGGACAACUAGCCCUCUCAUUCCGCUGCCUUCCGAAGUUUAUGGGAACUUGCCCUCAUGGUUCAAAGCAACUUUCCUCUUUGAAUUUCCUUUCUACAGUCGCAAUCUUCCACUUGAGGGGACAACAUGUGCUUUAUUACAGGAAUAAGAAAUCAUAAAGUAGAUAGAUGCAAAAAUGGCUGUUUUGAGUAAAAGAAGUGAGAUGGCAACUAUGCAGCACUGAUCCAUAUGGCCAUCUGCUGCAUUGCAUUUAAGAUUUAGUCCCAUCUGCUCCAAAUCAAGCCACCAAUUAGCAGCAUUACAACUGAAUUGCUGUUACAGCAUUGUUGUAUUUGUAGUCGUCUGUAUUAACACUAAUGCUAUUUUUAGUUGAAAUCCAUAAAAGAAUUUAUUUCAUUUGAUAAAAAGACGUAAGAGAGAAAUAAAAUGGAAAUGAUAAAAUUGAAAGAGAUAUUUUAUUGUUAUUGAA